GAUGACGAGGACGAUCUCGACUUUGCCUACUUUACCAAGACGUACAAGCCCUUGUCGAACCUUCCCACCCCUCCGCCAUCCUGCAGGAACUCUGUCUCGUCCAGUCCCGUUCUGGGCGAGGUGGACGACAGUAUCGACCUGGACCUAUUAGGCCCAGCGGUGCACCUCGUCAACCUCCACCCACCCUCCGCCUCCGUCAUACCCCCUUCCGUAUCCCUCGUGCAGACGAUCCUGCGGCGCGCAGACCUACCCCUGGAGACAAUCGCCCUAGCCGUCUGCAUUCUUGACUCGUUAGACGCCAAGUUUGCCCGCAAGUGGCGCGUGUCACUACCCCUCGCAACCACCACCACGACGGCUGGAAGUAGCAGCAGCCUCCUCUUCAAGAAGCGCCACACCAUCACCUCGGCCGCGAGCUCCCUCAUCACCCACAUCGACUCGGUCCGCCCAGAGCUCAUCAUCCUCUCCGCCCUUGUCAUCGCCUUCAAGUUCACCGAGGACUGCCAGGAGCCCACGCACUACUACGCCUCCGACUGGGGCAAGGGGCUCUGGACAUGUGCCCAGGUGAACGUUACCGAGCGGUGUAUCAUGGAGCACCUGGGCUACCGCAUCCUGCCGCUCUGCGAUUCGGAAAUCCUGGGUGAUGCCAUUGCCGAUAUGCGGAGGGCUGGACAGGCGGCUCUG